AUGGGUCACCGAUCCAUCCCCAAAAGGAUGGGAGGUGCCGACCAAGGCCCGCACCAGCGGCAAGGCGAGGAGCGAGAGCCAUUUAACGAGAACUACGCCCAGAAUGAUGAGCAAACUCCAGCUCUGCAUGAGGACGGUUCUGAUAAUGAAAUGGGCGAAGCACAAAUUGAUUCCAGUGACUUCCUGAGAACGCGGGAAGAAGAGCCCACGAAUGACACCGAUCGAAAUCCGAUGGUGCAAAACAGCGGCGUUGAAGAAGAUGCCGCAGCUGGGACAAGGCCCCCAGCAGACGACGAUAUACGUCUGCUCGAAGAAGUCACAGCACUACGUGAGCGGCUCUUCGACCUCGAGCGACAAGCUCGACCAAAGUUAAACGCCGCCUCUCUCGAAACCGACUGGAAACGCGAUUUGGACAAACUCGGACCUGGUGAAGCAGCAUUAUCGUGGAAGAAGGGGAUGCAGCAACGAAGAGUGGCACUUCUCCUGGACAACGCGACGUAUACCGAAGGAAGAAGUUGGCUUCGAAGGAUUGAGGUGGAAGUGGAUCGCAGGAUCAAAGAGGAUCUGGAGUACAACACGAAACUCCUCAAGCUACGAAAGGAGUGGGAGAGGAAGAAUAGUAUUUCGAGGAAGAUAGCGCAGGAGCAGCGCGAAGGAAAGGAGCUUGAUAUUGACGAGAGUGAUGCGGAUAGUCAUGAUCUCGGGGACGACUCUGAUACUUCGGAGGCGGCGUCGGAGUUCUAUGGGGACCGACAACGGUUGCUUCAGAGGAACUACGAGUACGAAAAGAAGGCUCUUGAGGUGAAUUACAGAAUGAGGAAAAAGAGGCAGGCACGGAGAAUGGAGUCACGCAGAGCGCGUCGGCCAGCAGAGUCGAGCUCGAGGCCACUGGCAGACAUGGGUGGUGGCUCGGCUCGUCCCAUACACCAGCCUAAGCCCUCGCAGAUACCGACGCAAAACCCAUUCGCGAGUCCGAAGAUAAAUCCGAAGGCCGGAACCACGCGUCGCGACAGGACAGGCCAGAAACCUGGAAUCUUUGCUCAGCCGUCGGCUCUCUCACAGGCACUGCAUCUAGUGUGGGAGAACUUCAAAGACACCGUCGAUACUCCGGAAUGGCAGGCUUGCGCCGUCGAUGUCCUGAUCGGGGAGCCGGUUAUUAAUUUCGAUAGCCGGAGAAGAAAUAUGCUCAUCACCAGACGUGCGGGCGAGAAGCGAAAGAUCGACCAUAGAGAGGUCGAGAGGAGCCAAAACGAGGACGUGGUGGAUAACAGAGAUGCAGCUUUACUGCCUACAUCGCCAUCUUGGGUUCCGGAACGCAUCCGCAUCCACUCUCGGCAACUUAUUCAAAUUCUUGCGGAGGUUCACGGCGCCUCUUUAGCCACGCCGCCCCCUACCCUUACUCUCUUGAGACCUUUUAGGAGCCUCGUACAUUAUGACCAGGCACUCAAAGAGUGGCGGGAAAAGCUAGAAAAGAACCAUCCCAAGCCGGAUUUCUUUGAAUGGAAUCCGGAUAGUGGUGUAUCGAGCUCGUCAGAGACCCCAGAAACCAAGGAAUUCAAGAGAAAGAAUUCCCAACAAAUGGUACACAGCCCUAGCGGCGAAAACCUCCGAAAAGAGACGGACGGCUCUGACAGUGAAGGCAAAUGGGGCAGCUUGUAUAGCGGGGAUGACGGCGUACACUCUCGUGUCGCCUACGAACAUCUGGGAGUUCUGUUAGACAUCAUGGACAACAAUAUUCUACAGAGGAACCGCUACUUGGAGAGCGAUGCCUGCAAGAAAGUCGUCUUUUCCGACCUAUGGUAUCUGUUUCAGCCAGGGACUCACUGCAUCGCGCCAGGCGAUAAGCAGGCCUACAGAGUUCUGAGCUUGGAGAACGUUGGACAUCGGGCUAUCGAUCCGUUCAGCAAGUGGCAGGCCGGCGGCGACGGAGAGGCAUCAAUCAUUAUAAAAUGCGUGUCUCUAGAUUUUGAUGGCAAGUUCCUCGGACCGGUUUCUAGCACCUUCAGGAUCCUGAAGUUCGAACGCGAGAGAGACAUCGCCACGCUUGACAUCUACCCUUUGCGAUUCUAUAGUGCGGCGACAUCAGAGGCCCGAGGAGCGGGUACCGCGGACGGAGAACCCGAGAACCACGCAACGAGACUAUGGGGUACUCUCAUUGAACGCGGGAAGAAGUUCCUUCAGGUAUCUGCGAGCAACCUCGCGGCCGUCAAGCCGCUGCACUACUUCGGACCAGUCAUCGAGACGUUGGACGAAGUCGAAAGCCAGGUAGUCGUGGACUUCGAGGCGGCUUUUUCGAUAGAGGAGCACCUCAAAAAGGGCUGGAGACCCGAGUUGGAAAAUCUAAUCGGCGAUGGGAGAGAACCGCCUAAGCCACAGCUCUGCAAUGCGGAAUGCUGUGCUCUGGAGAACAUCCACGACGAUUCGUUCGUGGAGAGGAAGCGAAACGAAGAGUUCCCGAGUCGUCUUCUCCCGGAAUCCUCGGAGGAGAUGCCUUCGAUAAUGAUCAUGCGGAGGCAGCUAGACUUAGACUCUCCGGAGAAGGGAUUGUCGGAGGAUGAUCUCGUAAUUAUGCCCUACCGCGUAUUCGGUUUCAUCCUUCGAAGUCGGAAAUGGGCAAAACUGGACAUCGAUCAUCUCACAGACAUUCGGCCACUUGAUGAUGAUGACUUGGGCUGUAGUGAUACGAAGAAUGACGAAGUGCCAGUCACAGCGUUCGAUCGCCUCGUCCUCCCCGCCGGACACAAGCGCAUCAUCCUCUCGCUCAUCACCCAACACUUCCGUCGUAAAGAAUUGGCAAAGACCUGGAAUGCACACAAUGACGUGUCGAUAUUGAUAUCAAGGGUACAUGUAGGCAAAGGGUUGAUCUUGCUCCUUCAUGGCGCCCCGGGAGUCGGAAAAACCACUACCGCAGAGGGUGUAGAAAAGUUCAAGAGACCUCUCUUUCAACUGACUUGCGGCGACCUAGGCACGACGGCAAAAGAGGUCGAGGCUGCUUUGGAGACAAAUUUCGCCCUGGCAAGCCGAUGGGGAUGUAUCCUACUCUUGGAUGAGGCCGAUGUUUUCCUCGCACAGCGAACCAAAGAAGACUUUCAGAGGAAUGGUCUCGUAGCUGUUUUCCUGCGGGUUCUGGAGUACUACUCUGGCAUACUCUUCCUCACCACCAACCGAGUCGGUGACUUUGACGAGGCAUUCGCAUCCCGGAUACACGUCUCGCUAUAUUACCCAGAACUCGACAAAGAGAGCACCCUGGAAGUGUUCAAGCUCAACCUCCAGCUCAUCCGACACCACUUCCACGAGCGGGACAGGAAGUUCCUCCCCGAUGAAAUGGGCAUAGGUGCCUUCGCGCAGAAAUACUGGGACGAGAACCCCUUUGACCACUGGAACGGGCGACAGAUCCGGAACGCGUGCCAUACCGCCCUGGCGCUCGCCGAAUACGAGGCGCAAGGCGGCGGCAUCGAGACAUCCGUAAGGGCAAACGCCGACGCCGAGCUCAAGGUGUCGCAUUUCGAAACCGUGGCGGCGGCCUAUCUCGAGUUCGCGAGGUAUAUGAAGGACAUAUACGGGACUCAUACGGCGCGCCGUGCUAAGGAGGCGGGCCUGCGUGCGAUGUGGGUGAAUGAGAAGGGCCAGGUGAUGGGGAGCUUGGGGCCGAAAGAAGCUGCGGCUUUGAAACUUAGUACGAGCAAGUCCCGCUACAAAAUGCGGUCGCAGGGGAGAUAUCCUGGUGUCGAGCCAUGGCAGACUCCGAACCCAGGCGAUCUAGAUCCACAACCGCCUCGGAGAACAGGAGGAAAUCAAGGAUAUGAACAGGGCCCAGGUCCGGGGCCAGGACUACCCCGACAACCGUCGCCGGCUUUCGGACACGGAGGCACUUCUCAGGAGUACUUCGUGAACCCUGGCCAACCGUGGCAGCAACGGCACUCACCGCAAAACCUACAGUGGGAGGUCCCUGCUGUUCCGCCUAUAGACCGGGGACAGCGUGGGCAUGCGGCUGGACAGGAGCAGCAGUACGUAGCUUAUGGCCGGCAUGAAGACGCUCAUGGCGUAGCGCUCCACGAGCCUCAAUUUUCGCAAUCCCGAUUUGCAAACCAGGAGCCUGCUCUGCCCAUCCCUGGCUCUCAAGCGGAAGCCUCAUCGCGCGGAGGUCAAACGUAUAGACAAGGCGGUGAAUUUCCAUCGGAUACAGGAAAUCGACAAAUUUAG